AUGUACCGCAACAGGUUGAACAGCAUCCGGAACCCUGGGAUCUACUGGAUCCACUUGUCCAUGUACACCUACUUGAGCUUCAUGGUGGACCAUGUACCUGAGUACGAACGACGACCUGACGGAGGAGGGCCUGCUGACGCUGCUGUUCUACGUGUAGGUGUUCCUGGUGUUCAUGUCGGAGAUACGUAG